AUGGACAAGAUCUUGGAGGCGGUGGUGACGUCAUCAUACCCCGCGAGCGUGAAGCAAGGGCUGGUGCGCCGAGUGCUGGAGGCGGCGCGGCAGCCGCUGGAGCGGGAGCAGUGCCUGGCGCUGCUGGCGCUGGGCACGCGCCUCUACGUGAGCAGUGCCGAUGAGCUGCCCCGCCGCGUGGGCUGCCAGCUGCUACACGUGGCCGGCCGCCACCACCCAGAAGUCUUCGCCGAAUUUUUCAGCGCGCGCCGCGUGCUGCGCCUGCUGCAGGGGGGCGCUGGGCCGCCGGGCGCCCGCGCGCUGGCCUGCGUGCAGCUCGGCCUGCAGUUGUUGCCCGAGGGGCCCUCGGCCGAUGAGGUGUUCGCGGUGCUGCGGCGCGAGGUGCUGCGCACCGUGUGCGAGCGCCCGGGGCCUGUGGCCUGUGCGCAGGUGGCGCGGCUGCUGGCGCGGCACCCGCGCUGCAUCCCCGACGGCCCUCACCGCCUGCUCUUCUGCCAGCAGCUUGUGCGCUGCCUCGGCCGCUUCCGCUGCCCGGCCGACGGCGAGGAGGGCGCCGUGGAGUUCCUGGAGCAGGCCCAGCAGGUGAGCGGGCUCCUGGCGCAGCUGUGGCGCGCGCAGCCCGCCGCCAUCCUGCCCUGCCUCAAGGAGCUGUUCGCCGUCAUCUCCUGCACAGAGGAGGAGCCACCAUCUAGCGCCCUGGCCAGUGUGGUCCAGCACCUCCCAUUGGAGCUCAUGGAUGGUGUCGUCCGGAACCUCAGCAAUGAUGACAGUGUGACCGACUCCCAGAUGCUGACUGCCAUCGGCAGGAUGAUCGACUGGGUGUCCUGGCCCCUGGGGAAGAACAUUGACAAGUGGAUCAUUGCACUGCUGAAGGGCCUGGCCGCUGUUAAGAAGUUCAGCAUCUUGAUCGAGGUGUCACUCGCCAAAAUUGAGAAGGUUUUCUCCAAGCUUCUGUAUCCCAUUGUCCGGGGAGCUGCCUUGUCUGUCCUCAAGUAUAUGCUCCUGACCUUCCAGCACUCCCAUGAGGCCUUCCACCUGCUCCUCCCUCACAUCCCCCCAAUGGUGGCCUCUCUGGUCAAGGAGGACUCCAACUCGGGGACCAGCUGCCUGGAGCAGCUGGCGGAGCUGGUCCACUGCAUGGUGUUCAGGUUCCCGGGCUUCCCGGAUCUGUAUGAACCCGUCAUGGAGGCCAUCAAGGACCUCCAUGUUCCCAAUGAGGACCGAAUCAAGCAGCUGCUGGGGCAGGAUGCCUGGACUUCGCAGAAGAGUGAGCUUGCUGGCUUCUACCCCCGGCUCAUGGCCAAGUCAGACACUGGCAAGAUUGGUUUAAUCAAUCUGGGCAACACGUGCUAUGUGAACAGCAUCCUUCAGGCCUUGUUCAUGGCUUCCGAUUUCAGACACUGUGUGCUCCGUCUGACUGAGAACAACUCCCAGCCCUUGAUGACCAAGCUGCAGUGGCUCUUCGCCUUCCUGGAGCACAGCCAGCGGCCUGCCAUUUCUCCAGAGAGCUUUCUGUCUGCAUCCUGGACACCCUGGUUCAGCCCUGGCACGCAGCAGGACUGCUCGGAGUACCUGAAGUACCUGCUGGAUCGGCUGCAUGAAGAGGAGAAAACUGGGACGAGGAUCUGCCAAAAGCUCAAGCAGUCCAGCUUGCCCUCCCCGCCCGAGGAGCCCCUUAGCCCGAGCCCAACCUCUGUGGAGAAGAUGUUCGGGGGCAAGAUCGUGACUCGGAUAUGCUGUCUCCGCUGCCUUAACAUCUCCACCAGGGAGGAGGCCUUCACGGACCUCUCUCUCGCCUUUCCCCCGCCUGAGCGCUGCCGCCGCCGCCGCCGCCUGGGCUCAGUGAUGCUCCCUGCAGAGGACGUCGGCGCCCAGGACCUCCCUUCGCCAUCGCGAGCCCAGGCGCCAAGCAGGGCGGCUCCUCGGAGGCAGAGGAAGCACUGCAUCACAGGGGACGUUCCCCCCACCGUCCUGAACAUUGAAGGCCUGGGCCCCCAGGGCCCCGGGGGGCAGAGCAGUCAGGAGGAGGUGGCAAAGGAGGAGGAAGAGGAGGAGGAGGAGGUGGAAGAGGAGGAGGCCGAGGAGGAGGAGGCCGGCCUGGGCCCAGGGCCGCUCCGCAAUGCUUCCGCCCCCUCUGCGGAGGGCUCCCGCUCGGUCCUGGACCUGGUCAACUACUUCCUGUCUCCCGAGAGGCUGACGGCAGAGAACCGCUACCGCUGCGAGUCGUGCGCCUCCCUGCAGGACGCCGAGAAGGUGGUGGAGCUGAGCCAGGGGCCGCGCUACCUCGUCCUGACGCUGCUGCGCUUCUCCUUCGACCUGCGCACCAUGCGGCGCCGCAAGAUCCUGGACGACGUCUCCAUUCCCCUGCUGCUGCGGCUGCCGCUGGCCGGGGGCCGGGGCCAGGCCUACGACCUCUGCAGCGUCGUGGUGCACUCCGGGGUGUCCUCGGAGAGCGGCCACUACUACUGCUACGCCCGCGAGGGAGCGGCCCGCCCGGCCCCGAACGCGGGAGCGGCUGACGGGCCCGAGCCCGACCACCAGUGGUACCUGUUCAACGACACCCGCGUGUCCUUCUCCUCCUUUGAGUCUGUCAGCAGCGUCACCUCCUUCUUCCCCAAGGACACCGCCUACGUGCUCGUCUAUCGGCAGCGGCCCCGGGCGGCGCCUGACGCUGAGCCCGGCUCUCCGCGAGCCCGGGCAGAGCCCACCCUCCACAGAGACUUGAUGGAAGCCAUUUCCAAAGACAACAUCCUUUUCCUGCAGGAGCAGGAGAAGGAGGCGCGGAGCAGGGCGGCCUACAUCUCUGCACUCCCCACAUCUCCACACUGGGGGAGGGGCUUUGACGAAGACAAAGAUGAGGAUGAAGGCCCUCCGGGGGGCUGCAGCCCUGCAGGUGGCAGUGGUGGUGACUUCCACAGACUGGUCUUCUAA